AUAUAUAAAUAGUUGUCUUCUGUGAUGAAACUUGUCUCAUAUUGAAGCUUGAGAGAAGAGAAUAGCAGAUGAAGAAGGUUGAUCUUGUUAUUUGCUUUCUUCUCUCUCUCUCAUGCUAUGUUGCUCAAAGCCAUGGAAGGCAAGCAGAUGCUCUUGCCCGUCUCUAUCAGGCGAAGCUUCAGAACAAAGCUGGAAUCGACCUGACCAGUAGUUAUGAAAUGAAGAUGACCCAAAUCAUAAAUGAAGCUGAAGUCCUUCCACAGGAAGGAUUGAAGGAGAAGGAUAUGAUCGAGAGGUUGCCCGGACAGCCUCCUGUUGGGUUCAAGCAGUAUGGAGGUUAUGUCACGGUCGAUGAAUCAGCUGGUCGGGCUCUUUUCUAUUACUUUGUUGAAGCUCAGGAUCCCAAAUCUAAACCUCUACUUCUUUGGCUUAAUGGAGGUCCCGGGUGUUCUUCACUUGGGUAUGGAGCAAUGGAGGAGCUUGGUCCAUUCAGAGUUCACAGUGAUGGCAAAACACUCUACGAAAAUCGAUAUUCAUGGAAUAGAGUGGUCAAUGUUUUGUUCUUGGAGUCUCCUGCUGGUGUAGGCUUUUCUUACUCAAACAGGACAUCUGAUUAUGCUACAAGAGGAGAUCAAAGUACAGCUGAAGAUAACUAUGUCUUCUUGGUAAAUUGGUUAGAGAGAUUUCCUGAGUACAAGACUAGAGAUUUCUAUAUAGCUGGAGAGAGCUAUGCCGGCCAUUAUGUUCCCCAAUUUGCUCAUACCAUUCUUCAGCAUAAUAAGAUUGAGCAGAACAACAUCAUCAAUCUCAAAGGGAUCAUGAUUGGCAAUGCAGUGAUCAAUGACGAAACUGACCAGAAGGGCAUGUAUGAUUAUGCUUGGACCCAUGCUCUGUCUUCAGAUGAAACCAACAUAGCAAUCAACAAAUACUGCAAUUUCAGUGAGAGUGAGCUUGAAUGGAGUGACGAAUGCAUUAACAGUACUAAUGAAGCUUUUAUGAAUGAGGUCUUAAUAGAUAUCUACAACAUCUAUGGCUCCCAGUGCUUCUCCUCCAACCUGACAGAGAAACCCAAAAAGGCCUCGCUCAUGAACUUCGAUCCAUGCAGCGAUAAUUAUGUCGUUGCUUACUUAAACCAGCCAGAUGUCCAAGAAGCUCUUCAUGCCAAUAUCACCAAGCUCAAAUAUGAUUGGCAACCCUGCAGCGAUGUACUCACUAAAUGGAAUGACAGUCCAUCAACAGUUGUUUACCUUCUACAGGAGUUUAUGGAUAAUGGAAUUCGCGUUUUGGUGUUCAGUGGCGACGUAGAUGGUAGAGUUCCUGUAACUUCAACCAGAUAUUCUCUGAAUAAGCUUCAACUUCAAGUAAAUACGUCAUGGUAUCCUUGGUACACAAAACGUGAGGUUGGUGGAUACACUGUUGUGUACAAGGGUGGCUUAACGUUCGCUACAGUGAGAGGAGCAGGUCACGAGGUCCCAAGCUACCAGCCACUGAGAGCACUUACACUUGUUAACUACUUCCUUCAUGGAAAGCCCCUCCCCCGCAAUGCCUGAAGCACCUUAUAGAAAGCAAAGAAGCCAAAACUACCCAAAUAUUAUUUGAAAUCAUGAAUAUAUUAUUUGUAGUGUCCUCAAUUAUACUUCUGCCAUUUAAUCAAUGUUAUCUCAGCAGAGGUCGGAUGGUUAGACCGUCCAGUCAGUCCAGUUCAACCAUUACCAAUUCAUCCAGAAUUUUCCA